GCCAAUGAGCGCCUCCCAAAUAACAACACGAUGGCCACGCUCUGCAGGUCCGUGGCAUUGGCUGUUUUACUGACACUGGUCUCAGCUGUUGACCGAGGCAAUUUCAAAAGUUGCCAGCAAAGUAGUUUCUGCAGACGACAUCGUGCUGUGAAACCAGGGGAAAGUCCGUAUGCGCUCCUCACUGACACUGUGACAGUAAAUGAUGCAGGACUAGUAGGAGAUGUCAUUAAUGAAAAUAAUAGAAUUGUUUUUACUUUAGAAAUAUACCCUCUAAAGGAUUCAACUGUGCGCAUUAAAAUAAAUGAAAAAAAUCCUAUCAAGCCCAGGUUUGAGGAUCCGUAUGCCUUAGUAAAGGAUAUUCAUGGAGAAAGCUUUGAGGUUGUUGAUCAGUCUGCUCAAGGAGUGACCGUCAAAUUUGGAUCUCAUCGUGCUGUUGUAAAUGCAAAACCUCUGAAGAUCGAUAUCUAUAACGGCGAUGAUCUUGUGGUGAGCACUAAUGCUCGGGGACUUCUCAAAUUUGAACACUACAGGAAUAAACCUGGAAAUGAGGAACAGCCUGCAGAGGGAGAGGGAGAGCCCAAUGCCCUUCCAGCUGAAGAUCAGGAGGAGGACAAAGAUGGAUUGUGGGAGGAGUCCUUCAAGGGCCACACUGACAGCAAGCCCCUUGGGCCAGCCUCAGUGGGCAUGGAUAUAUCCUUUGUCAACUCCAAGCAUGUAUAUGGAAUACCGGAGCAUGCAGACUCUUUCUCGUUGAGAGAAACCACGUCAACUGAUCCCUACCGGUUGUACAACUUGGAUGUUUUUGAAUAUGAAGUGGACAAUCCUAUGGCUCUGUAUGGUUCUGUACCAGUAAUGCUCUCCCAGACUGCACGUCACACUACUGCUGUGUUUUGGCAUAAUUCUGCUGAAACGUGGAUUGAUAUUAAGAAAUUGCCAGAUAGCAAUGUUGUGUCUUCCAUCACUGGUUUCUUCUCCAGUGGAGAGACUGACCCUCCACAGGUGUCUACACAUUGGUUCUCGGAGUCUGGCAUCAUUGAUGUGUUUGUCAUGCUAGGACCAAAACCCAUGGAUGUCUUCAGACAGUAUGCAGGUCUUACAGGAACUCAGAACCUUCCACCGCUUUUUAGUCUGGGAUAUCAUCAGUGCCGCUGGAACUACAAUGAUGAAGAGGAUGUACGUCAAGUGCAUGAAAACUUUGACAAACAUGAUCUUCCUUUGGAUGUGAUGUGGUUAGAUAUUGAACACACUGAUGGGAAAAGGUACUUCACAUGGGACCAUUACAAAUUCCCAAACCCACUGGAAAUGACCGCCAACCUCACCGCAAGAGGCCGCAAACUUGUGACCAUUAUUGAUGUUCAUUUCAAACGGGACAGUAAUUAUUUCUUUUAUAAAGAAGUUCAUGAUCGAGACCUUUUUGUCCAUACAAAAGAUGGAAAUGAGUUUGAUGGUUGGUGCUGGCCAGGUUCUUCAUCCUAUAUUGAUAUGACUAAUCCUGAUGCGCGAGAACACUACAGUGAUACUUACCGACUUGACCGCUACAAGGGUUCCACCUUGGACACGUUCACAUGGAAUGACAUGAACGAACCCUCUGUCUUCAAUGGACCAGAAAUCACGAUGCCUAAAGACAAUUUACAUCCUGGCAUCGGGGUAGAACACAGAGAAGUUCACAAUGCUUAUGGAAUGCUGUUUCAUGAAUCAACUUACGAAGGCCAGUUGAAAAGGUCAGACAGACGCCUGCGACCCUUCAUUCUCACGCGCGCCUUCUAUGCUGGAACACAGAGAAGUGCAGCUGUGUGGACUGGUGACAACACAGCUGAAUGGAGUCACCUGCGCAUAAGUCAGCCUAUGUUGCUGUCACUCUCUGUUACAGGGAUCACUCAUGUUGGUGCUGAUGUUGGGGGCUUCUUCGGUAAUCCUGAUAUUAACCUGCUUGCUCGAUGGUAUCAGGCAGCAGCUUUCCAGCCUUUCUACCGAGCCCAUGCCCAUCUUGACACAAAACGACGUGAACCUUGGCUCUUUGAUACAGAAACACUGCGCAUUGUCAGAAAAUCACUACGGCAGCGUUAUCAGCACCUACCUCUUUGGUAUUCGCUGUUCUAUGAGAACGAGUUAACAGCACCCUCCCAAAGGGCCAAGCGCGAGCCCCCAUGCUCGGCUCCGCGCUUCUAUGUUACAUCCCCUCCCAGCGAACCCCCAAACUUUCUCAAUGACGAGAUGAUAAUUUCCACUCUUUCCCCACAGAUCCCUGUAUUCCAGCGAGGUGGAGCUAUUAUUCCCCGCAAGGACAGAGUUCGUCGUGCUUCUACCCUCAUGCGUGAAGAUCCCUACACGCUUGUCAUAGCCUUGGAUUCUGAUGGGAAGGCACAAGGCACACUAUACAUAGAUGAUGAACACACUUUUGAUUACAGACAGGGCAAAUUCUUGUAUUUGGCUUUCUCAUAUGAAGCUGGUGUUUUGACCUCAAAGAAGAUUGAUCCAAAUGGAAGCUAUGAUACUGCAUCCUGGCUAGAACGAGUUAUCGUCAUAGGGCUCCCCAAGCAAGCUACAAAAGUAUCAGUCAAUAGUGCCACAGUGGGCACCCGGGACUUGGAAAGCACAUUUGAAAGUGGAAGUGCCACGCAGGGAAGCCAGCUAACCAUACGCAAGCCAGGAGUCAGUAUGCAAGAGGACUUUACUAUUACUAUCCGUUAAUUCAAUUACUUGUAUGGCUGGCUGUCAUUACAGCUGAAAUUCAUAGCUUAAUAAGUUUAAUUAAAUAUUUUAUAAACUUCAUGCAGGUUGAUGUUACAGAUGUGAACUGUGUAACAAAAGGAGGAAGAAAAUUUAGAAUAGAUUGCAGAUGGUAUUUGUUCUACAGUACAAGUUCUUAAUUUUUUUUUUUUUUUUUUUUUUUUUGAUUUUGUCCCUUUUCCUUUUGGCUCUGGUAUUGGUUGAUGGAUUAUCACAGUUUUAUAGGAAGAAGUUCAGGUUCCUACAGGAAUGAGUAAUUUUUCUUAUUCAUAUUCAUAAUUUUUUUUCUUACUUUUUUCUAUAUAAUUUAAGGUAUAUUAGAUAUUUUUGUAAUAGUUGAUAAAUACAUGUGGUGUAAUAUGGUACUCAGAUAUGUUGUCAGUCCUUGUGAACUUUGUAUGUAAUGACACAAUGCAUGAAAGAAGCUUGCACAGUUGAAAGUGGGGAAAAGAGAGUAAGCAUUUGCCUAGACAACUAAGGGCAAAACAGUCCAUUCUAAUGCACUGAGAGUAACCCAUAGAAAGACAAUGAAUAUAAAAAGUUACAAACUAUUGACGCCGAUUUAUGGUUUUAAAAACUUGGAUAUAGUCGAAAUAUAUUUGGAGGGGGGGAAAAAUUAUACCAGUGGUUUCAGUUGGGUAACUGGUCAAUACUCAGCCCAUGUGGGCUCAUUGUUUUUUUGUUUUUUGUUUUUUCAAAUGAUGCCGGUAGUGAUAGCCAGUGACUUGUUCUAUAUAAUAGAUUUUUAGGAAAGUUCAUUUUUACUAUGGUGAUGAUAUUAGCACAGCUGGUUAAUCCAGUUACCUUUAUUUUUUUGCAUAUAAGGUUUGGUUGGAGGUAAUCAUGAACAUUUUUAAAAACCACUUUCUACUAAGAUAGUGCAUUGAGACUGGUAUCCUGGAAAAUUACCAAAGGUCUCUUAGUCAUCAAUCAUGAUCAUUAUUGAUGAAUACGUGCCACACAGUGAACCAAAAUUUAACCUUUCUUUACAAUCAAGGUUUCAGUUAGAAAUGUUAGCAAUAGCAUUUUCCAGACUAUAUUUUGAUCAGAGUGACCAGAAGGUGCACCUCUGUCUGAUAUCUUUGUGUGAAUCUGUAAGAUGUGCAAACUAUUUAUUAUUUAUAUAUUUCCACCCUCUUCUAAAGAGUGCAGUAUAAGGGCAGAUGGCAAUAUUUGAAUAGAUUCAGCUUGAGGAUAUGUACUGUAAGAUCCAAGUUUAAGUGGAAGUGACUAAAUUAAUGUUAACCAUUCAAAUUUACAGCAAAUAAUAGCAGACCAUAAAUCCACUAAUUUUGAUAACAUUUGUAACAAUAAAUCUUACCUCCAGUGCUUGAGGGUAGUUAUAUCCAUUGUACAAAAUAGAUAAGUUUAAAGUUGGAAGCACUUACUGUGAUAGCUAUAAUUUAUUUAUCAACCUUGUAUUAAAUAUAACGAGGGCUAUGAUACACCGUUAAAACCCUCUAGAGCAAGUGAUGGGCUAUGUACAUCAGAGCCUUUUAGUAGUAGUGUCAGUAUGUAUUUAUUUCCAAUCCUGAAGAGUGAGUUGAAUAGUGAAUUGGAACACAUGGAAGUGUAUGUUGUCAUGUCAGCCAUAAGAAUUAUGCAAUUGGCAAUUAUUUUUCACAAUGGUUUUUAUAUCUGCAAGUUUUCUUAGAACUACACGUACACCACAAAUGAUUUACUGGAGGUUUAUUAAAUAGUUAUGAUACAUUUUAAUAUGAUCAUACAUGUUCUGUACCCUGUUUGGCCACAUGUCCCACAUUCCAAAUGUGUGUGUGAGUGCACAAUGUAUAAAUAAAGAAAAUUUUGUUA